AUGUCGAGAUCUUUAGCUCUUGUUUACUUAUCCAUACUUUUUCUUCAAACCCAUCUCUCAAUCUCUGUGGAGGUUCCGGUUUCGUCGGUGAAAGGCGAAAUCGACGCAAUGCUUAACCGGAACGGCGUAAUCAAUCAAGAAGGAGAAGAAGAAAUUAUGCCGUCGGAGAUAAACCGGAGAGUAAUGAUGAUGAGGAAACAGUAUAUAAGCUACGCGACACUAAGGAGAGACAUGGUUCCUUGUCAGAAACCAGGCGCUUCGUAUUACGCUUGUCGCUCGGGACAGGCUAAUUCUUACAGCAGAGGAUGUAACAUCAUUACUAGGUGUGCUAGAGACACUAGCGAAUUCAAGAACUGA